GUUUUCACAGUGCCGCUCUCGUGCAGAGCUCACGCGUUCCGGCUGAAAGGAGUUUAUGGAUGAUAAAAUCGAGGUCUGUCAACAGGAUACAGGUCUGUACACGCUGCAGAACGGACGGUUUAGUUGCUUUCAAUUAGAAAUCAUCGUUGAAUGAAAGUUAUGGGGGCACGAAAAGUUUUGGUGACAGGAUGCUCCUCUGGAAUUGGUUUGGCGGUGGCUGUCCGUCUUGCAAAAGAUGAAUUAAGGCGAUUCAAAGUUGUGGCCACUAUGAGGGACCUGGAUAGGAGAGAAGCUCUGGAGAAAGCAGCUGGAGAAACCCUCAACAGAUCCCUGGAGAUCCGACAGCUGGAUGCCACCUGUGAGGACUCCAUCAGAGAGUGUGUCAACAGCUUGUCAGAUCGACGAGUGGAUGUGUUAGUGAAUAAUGCCGGUGUGGGUAUGAUUGGUUCUUUGGAGUGUCAGAGUGUAAGUGAUAUGCAGGAACUCUUCAGCACUAACUUCUUUGGCCUGGUGAGACUGGUGAAGGAACUGCUGCCUGACAUGAAGCAGCGUCAGAGUGGACACAUCGUAGUGAUGAGCAGUGUCCUGGGCUUCCAGGGACUACUUUUCAAUGAUGUAUAUGCUGCCUCUAAAUUUGCUGUAGAGGGGUUUUGUGAGAGUCUUGCUGUGCAAGCUAUGAAGUUUAAUCUGAUUGUGUCCAAGAACCCUCCAUUUCGUCAUCAGACCAAUCGUUUGUACGUGCCACUGACUGCCAUGAAGCAUGCUGACCCUACAGGGCAACUACCCAUAGAUGCAUUCUAUAAAAUGAUCUUCCAGCAUGACCGUAUGCUCAAUGCUACUCUGAGUAUUCUACGCAUACUUCACAGGAGAAUGGGUCAUGGUGCUGCCUAAAAAGCCCUCAGAGGAUUUAGAUGGAGAAAACCAAUUCAAAAACAUUUCGGAGACAGUUUCAUGGCCCAAAAAUGGGUCAGUGCUCAAUGCAAAUAAUAAAAUGCAACACCACAAUUAGUAUAGCAACAGUUUUGCUACGGUGGUCAGUACUUGAUGUCCAAUGUAAAGUCUGGAUCCUGAAGCACUGCUCUGAUUUUAACCUCAAGACAGUUAUCAUGAUCAAAUACAUAAUGUUUAGUUGCAAAUUGCAGUGUGUAACAGCUCUAGUGUCCUUUUCAUGGUGUAAUGGUUUUUAACAGUCAAGAGGCUGUAUGUACGUAGAAUUCAGAAAAACUUCCACCAGUGGCCGUUAAGUGAACUGCAGCCAGCAACUUAGGCCCCGUCCACACGGAGAUGCGUUUAGCUGUAAUGUAUACGCAUACAUUUUGUAUCAUAUAGGCG